AGCCGACAACGAUGACCACGAGCAUUCGAGUGGUAGAUGGACGGACGAAGGCCCACCAAGCGCAUGUGAUAGUGCAUGACCCAUACCUCUUGGAUCACCUGAGGAAGAGUCAAGAUAUGGCGUAUCUUCGUCAACUUGUGCCGCAGCUGGAGGGCCACUCGACAGCAACGAUCGCACCAGUGCCCUUCCGAUUUCCCCUCUAUAUGUCUUGGGUGUACCGAGCAACGCGGUUCACGAAUGCUGUCGUGUCGCUUGUCACUGCCAACGCGUACAUCUCGACGUUAGGCGGGGGAUUCUUUCUCUGUCGACAUUUAAACCAAGCCAAACUCAUGGCACAACUGCAAAUUUGCGUCUCCCAGGGCCUCCACGACCCCAUCUUGGCCAGCAAAUGCCGCAUCAAUCUGGCCUAUGGGGCCAUGGCGCGAGGCAAGUUCAAGCGAGCGCAGAGAAUCAUCAACGACGAAGGGGUAAAUGCGAAGGCGCUUCGAAGCGACGAAAUCCACAACGUGUGCCAUGCCGCCCAAGUGUACCUGGACAAGACAUGGGACCUCCAUCGAUCCCGGUUGGUGCACGAACCCACGGACACGACACAGGUCGUGGACGAGUACUACCGACAACGUGUGGUCGCGACGAGAUAAUGUUGUAUAACGUUAUGUCAUGCAAUAUUGCUUC